AUGCAGAUAUGGCGGCGAACCUUCGCCACGUCUGUGGGCAGACUUAGCCAAAACUCAGCAAUUAAUUCUCGGCCUUCGAUUGUGCGAUGUGCGCAGAUCCUCCAAGCUAGCAAGAAUGGUGGAGUGUGCAGCUUCGAGGACCAAGAAAUCAAAGUGAAUGGGUUCGUUCGGUCUGUACGAAAGCAGAAACGGUUCGCAUUCGCAGAGAUCUCUGAUGGCUCAACCGUGGAGCCACUGCAGGCAAUUCUGAAACCCGCGCAAGCAGCAGACUUAUCAACCGGAACCGCGAUCGAGAUAUCAGGUAUUUGGAAAGCCUGCCCACCAGGCAAAGAACAAACCCAUGAGCUUCAAACAACCGAUGUAACGAUUGUAGGCGCAUCGGAUCCAGAGACGUUUCCGAUCCAGAAGAAGUACCACAGCCCCGACUUCCUGCGCCAGAUUCCUCAUCUUCGUAUCCGAACUCCCCUCAAUUCUCUUCUCUCGCGGUUCCGGUCUGAAUGCAUGUUCCAACUUGCCAAUGUCUUCCAUUCUCAUCCGGAUGGAGCAUUUACACAAGUUCAGCCUCCCCUUAUAACGUCGUCGGACUGUGAAGGCGCAGGCGAGACAUUCACCUUGGCACCACGCGGUGCCGCUACACCCACCGCUGAGAACGAGCAUUUCUUCCGCGCGCCAAAAUACCUCACCGUGUCCUCGCAGCUGCAUCUUGAAGCCUACGCCGCAGAAUUGGGCAACGUAUGGACAUUAACACCCGUGUUCCGAGCGGAGAAGAGUGAUACACCGCGUCACCUUAGCGAAUUCUAUAUGCUCGAAGCCGAAGUCAACUUCAUGUCCGAUCUUGAUUCGCUCACCGGAUUAGUGGAAUACCUGCUGCGCGAUCUGACGCGUCGUCUAUAUAACACUCCUGUGGGACAAGAAAUAUUGACAGCAAAACGGUCUGGUGAGCCGGGACAGGACACCAGCGCUGAGAGUGUGGGGACUCUACGGCAAAGAUGGACCGAUUUGAUGGAUGGACCGAAAUGGGCCCGCAUCACAUACACACAAGCCGUGGAGAUGCUCCAACGUGCUGCCGCCGAAGAUGGUGCAUCAUUUGAGCAUCCCCCAACGUGGGAUGGAGGGCUACAGCUUGAGCAUGAAAAGUACAUCGUCGAGGUGCUGCACCAGGGACGUCCUGUCUUUGUCACGGACUACCCGAAAUCAGUGAAGCCCUUUUAUAUGGCUCCUUCGCAGGUUGCGGAAGGCAGCAACACUCCUGGGGAGACAGUGGCAUGCUUCGACUUGCUCCUUCCCGAAGUCAGUGAAGUUGCUGGAGGCUCCCUGCGCGAGCAUCGCCUACCCAAUAUUAUCCAGAAUAUGCGCGAGCACGGCCUGAUUAAGGCCCGACAACUUUCCGAGUCCGGAGAUCCAGUUUCAGGCGAGCCGGUGUACCCUUACCUUUCGCCCGACGAGGACUUGAGCCACCUUCAAUGGUACGCUGACCUCCGACGCUGGGGCUCUGCCCCUCACGGAGGCUUUGGACUAGGAUUUGAUCGAUUCUUGGGAUAUUUGAGUGGCGUGUCCAGCGUGCGGGAUAUUGUAUCUUUCCCAAGAUACUUUGGCCGUGCUGAUUGCUGA